AUUAACACCAUUCACUGACCAAAUUCUGGUGAAAUAUGCAAGCUGCUGGUAGAUUUGCUUCACUCAUUGACAACGGUAAUCUAUUUGAACAUUAUAGCCACUUGACUUGGGCUGGUGAAUCAAUGAGACUACUAUGAUUGCUUAUACUGUCUUUUGUUUGAUUAGCUUAGACGUUAGGUUACCUUAUUAAUACUAAAAAUAAUAAAGGGUCCAUUAUUUGUCAACCUGCAACUAAAGUUACUGUCUGGUGGAAAUUAGCCUGUUACUGUCUUUAAGACUUUACUUGGUUUACAUACAUAAUAAUAACAUGGUGGUAACAUAAUAACGUAACAUACUAAUCAAUACUAAUCAUUUAUGUAGGCUGAAGAUGAUCCUGCUGCUGACACUGACAGAGUUAGUCAAGGCCAGGAUGUCAGUGCCACCCCAGUUGAUUAUUUCACCAGGCCGAUGUCAGGCACAUUAGACCUAUUCUUCCGUUUUCACCCCCAGCAGAAGGCAGACAAGGCUGUAGUGCAGAGGGCUUUUUUUUGCAAAGACGGCACAAACAGGAAAUGGCUAUCAUACAGUGAAGCCAGAGAAGUACUCUUCUGCUCCCUUUGUAUGGCUUUUGCUAAUCCUAGAGAUAGCAACUCCUUCAUCACUGGCAUGACCAACUUCACACACAUACAUCAGAGAGUCGAGGAGCAUGAGCAGAGCCAUGCUCACAGAGGUUGCGCUGAGGCAUAUUUCCUCAGAUUCUCAAAAAACACAAUUCAGGACCUUCUCAUGGGACCUCAGAUGUCACGUCACAGAGAGGAAGUCCGCAGGAAGCGUCAAGUGUUGGAGCGCAUCAUAGAUGUGUUGAAACCCAUUGGUCAAAGGGGUUUGAGCUACAGGGGCACGCAGGCGGAGGCAUUAUAUACACUAGAUGAUGACACCAUUGAUCAUGGUAACUUUUUAGAGAUGAUUGUUUUGCUGGGAAAAUAUGAUGUGUGUCUCAAGGAACACCUCACUCUCUGUAUAGAAAAGAGCAAGCAAAUACACCAGUCUGGUUUAAGACAAGGUAGAGGUUCCCUUGUCACUCUCCUAUCCAAAACAACCAUCAACUACAUCAUCACCACCAUCCAACGCCUAAUGAAGGCCACCAUCGCCACUGAAGUCCGGGAAUCUGGCAUGUAUUCUAUCCAGAUUGACACCACACAGGACAUCACAGCCCAAGAUCAGUGCUCUGUUGUCAUACGAUAUGUGACAGACAUUGUUCAUGAGCGACUUGUUGCUGUGAUUAAAUGUGAGGCAUCCACUGGGCAGUACUUUGCACAACUUGUUGUGAAUGAAGUACUGGAGACCAUGAAACUGGAUGUGAGGCAGUGUAUUGGAAAUUCCACCGAUGGGGCCUCCAAUAUGCAAGGCCAAUAUAAAGGCUUCUCUGCACUGCUCGCCAAAAUGUCCCCCACCCAUGUCCAUGUAUGGUGCUACGCACACGUCCUGAACCUCGUCCUGGCAGACACAACACAAUGUGUAUUGGCAAGUGGGUCUCUUUUUUUCCUGUUGAACAACAUCGCUGUCUUCAUCAGAGUGUCCUACCAGAGGAUGAACAUCUGGGAGAAGGAGAGCAAAGACCCAAGACACAGACGUCUCGCCCCGAUUGGAGAGACACGCUGGUGGUCCAAAGACGUUGCUGUGACUAAGGUAUUUGGCUCUUUUGGAAAGCCAGAUAAUGCCCUGUAUGUUGAUGUCCUUCAUACCCUCUCCGCCAUUCAACAUGGACAGACCAUCAACGCCACUGCACGGGUCAAUGCACGUGGAUACAUCACCCAGCUUCUGAGGUAUGAAACAAUACUUACAGCUCAGAUCUUCCUGAGAAUUUUCCAGGUCACCUCACCAGUCUCAAAAUACCUUCAGAAAAGUGGAAUGGACAUCCUGACAGCUCAUCGGAUGAUUGUGGCUGCAGAAACACAGCUGAAAGAUAUGACCAGAGACUUCGAGAAAGUCAAGACGGCGGCCGCCACAUUCGUCCAGUGGGCCAACAAUCAAACAGAGGAGCAGAGUGAGGAGACUGAGCUGGAGGUUGAGGCCGCUCUGCCACAGAAACGGGGUAGAAAGAAGAAAACCAUGCCUGGAGAGAUGUCCAAGGAUGAGGCUGUGACUGAUGCUGAAACAUCAUACAAGAUUGAUGUCCAUAAUCAAAUCAUGGACACAGUCACAGGAAGCAUGCACCAGCGCUUCCUCAAAAAUGGCACUUUGUAUGCUGAUUUGGCACUUCUGGACCCAAAAAGAUUCAGCCAGGUAACAUCUUAUGCCGGUGGUUUCCCAGAGGCAGCACUCCAAGAAUUAAGCAAGUGCUUGCUGCCAUUUGAUGACAGAGCAACGGUGGCCAAAUUACAGAGUGAGCUCAUCAGUCUGGCAGGACAGUGGAAUAGGUUGAAGACAUCUGUAUUUGAGGAAUACACAACCAAGACAACAGAGGCUGGGCCAGAGGAUGCUGAAUAUGAAGCGGAGAUGGUAUAUAAAAAGUGCUCAUCUUGCAAGGACUGCCCAUUGUGUUGCUACCGUAUCCUUAAGCAGUACAACCUCCUGACAGAUGCAUACCACAUCAUUGGCCUUGCAUACAGGUUCCUGCUUACCCUGUCUGUCACACAGGUAGCAUGCGAGCGAAGCUUUUCAACACUAAAAUUCAUCAAAAACAGGCUCAGGAGCUCGCUCUCUCAACAGAACCUGGAGUCCUUUAUGCUCAUGGCUACUCAACCAGAUGUUUUGAAGAUGCUGGAUAGUGACCAAAUUAUAGAUGGUGUUGCAGAGAAAAGUGAGCUGCUGCAGAAACUACUAAUUCAGUGAGGCCACCCUAUUUUUUCCAGAGGGGACUGACUUCUACAACCUUGCUCCCAAUGUGAAAAUCAACCACUUCAACCCAGCCUCCUCCUUUUAAAAGCAACACAUGGAUGAGCUCACUUAUAGACCCAAAAGGGUAGAGAGGGAAGUAUUGACAGGGCUUAUUGUUUAUAAGUAUGUUGCCCUGCCCUCUAGUGUUUUUUGUUGUUGUGUAUGUGUAUACAGUAUUGUAGCGAGCCCUGGGUUCAGAGGGAG